CCGCGCUGGCGUCGACGGUUGACCGCGAGCUUGUCCGGGCGUGAGGUCUUCAUUCGCUAGAGAGAAAGUGACCAUCUUCCUGUGUGGCUUGACACAUUCACUGUUCCCGCCGUUGCCGGCCCCGGAGCCUGGAGACCCCGGGAAUAAACGCGGUUUGGAGCUGGUUCCCCCUUCAGCAUUCCCGUCAAAGAGCUUGGGAUCGUAUUGGUGGCCGAGAGUCAGGGCAGAAUGAGAUGAGAAAAGCAAUGCUGCCUGGAUGGAAUGGUUCGCCACUACUUGCGAGACCCGAGAGACUGUCUGUUGUACUUGAGGGUGCCCCGGCCUCCAGGGCAAUCCAGCCCAAUUACAAGGCUGAAUGCGGGCGCCGUCUCAAUUGCAUUUAGAUAGCUCGAUCCGAUGGACCACCAAGUAAAACCCUAGCGACUCGAUAGCACCUGAGCUCUUGACGGUCACGGCAUCACAAUGGCGUCUCGGACUCCCUCUAUUCUCCCCCUGCCCCCCAAGGUGGCGGCCCAGAUUGAGUCGUCCACUUCCAUCACCAGCUUAAAUAGCGCUAUCUUGGGAUUAGUCAAGAAUUCACUGGACGCGGAUGCUCAGACAGUAGCCAUAACUGUGGACUUCCAAAAAGGCGGCUGCGCGGUCGAAGACGACGGGGAGGGCAUCCCGGCCUCUGAGUUCGAGGAAGGAGGAGGUCUCGGCAAGCUCCAUCAUACGUCAAAACUUAAUUCUUUACGAGAGGUAUACGGUUGCAAGGGUGUUUUCCUUCCGUCGCUGGCGUCGCUUGCAUUGCUCACGGUCACCUCUCGUCAUGGUCCCGAUUCCUCGACAAACUCCGUGACAUAUCACCACUCAACGACGAUCUCUAGGCUUUGUCCAGCUCCGCCACAUCAUGAGUUCGCUUCUGAACACGGUACCAAGGUCACGGUGACUAAUCUGUUCGGGAACCUCCCUGUUCGGGUGAAACAUCGCGCCCUGACGCUCCAAAAAGACGAAGAGAUCGAUAGGGAGUGGGACGACCUGAAGAGGCUAUUGACCGGAUUGCUGAUCGCGUCUACCAAAAUGCCAAAGGUCAUCCUUGAAGACGUCGCAAGGUCUAGAAAGCUGAUCCUUCGGGGCCGAAAGGAAAGGCCGGGAAAUUUGAGACAGCCAACAAGUUACCCCGGUGACUCCGCUAUUGAUCUUGCUCAGAUACGCUCCGUCCUCUCUCAAGCCGGCUAUAUUACCUCCACAGAUCCCGCGUCUUGGGUUACGGCGUCAGCUCGAGCUUCGGGUAUCUUCGUUCAGUCCGCCAUAUCUCUUACACCGAGUCCUACCAAGCAGGCGCAGUUCAUAUCGUUUGGGAUUAACCCACUAAAUCAACAAUUUAAUGCGAACGUUCUGUAUGAUGAGGUCAAUCGACUAUUUGCAGCUUCUAGCUUUGGCUCAGAGGACAGCAGUACGCCAGAGAUUGCUGAGGAGCUUCGGGGGCUGAAUCUGAAAGACAGUCAACGUGGAAGGGAUACACCGGUUGAGAAAAGGCAUAAAGCGCGGGCAAAAGGCGUAAAUAGGUGGCCAGUGUUUUACAUCCGAAUAAAUCUAACGGGACAGGACACCUUGACUGGCGAGCAAAACGGGCCAUUAUCUUCCGAAAAAUCUCUUGAAGGGAUCCUCAACGUCCUUGUUGCGAUGAUUCGACGGUUUCUCGAACAAUAUCAUUUUUCGCGACCGCGGAAUCUCAGAGGUGAGAAGAGAACACGGGACUUAUCUGCCUUGGCCACCGUAGAAGAGAAGCUCGGUAAAAGGCCCAGGAGCUGUGCUGUUAUCCCUUCUUCUUCUUGUUCUGUCGUCGCCGAGCCUAUUCCAUCCGUUCACGAGGAGUUUUUGAAUUCUCGAGUUAAAUUACCAAACUAUGCUGGUAGCUCUACAGCUUCUCCAGGUUACCCCAAAGGUGAUUUUACAAAUUGGACUAGAGUUAAGGUUGGAAGCAACAAAAAUGUUCAAGAACAAAUACGCUCCGAACUGGCACAGGAAAGGAGAAUACCGACUGAGACCCUAAACCGAAGACCCGAAAACGAAGUACAAGAGGGCCUUCGUCCCUUGUCCUCUUUGUCGGCUCCGGUAUCCAUGCAGUCUCGACCCUCCAGCAGAUCACCAACUUGUGCCACUCCAAAGAUACAAUCAGAGGAACAGGCCCCGUUCUCUAUAGAUGGAGAGGCUGAUAGCCUUCAACAAGGUCCUAGAGACAAUAUCAUUCAAUGGACGGACCCUUUAACUAAAGAGGCCCUGAAUAUCAACGAGCGCACCGGCCAAACACUGCCUACAAACGGAAGCAAGCGUAUUCCGUUUCGUUCCAUAAGCCUGUCCUCCCGGCAGCCUAGAACAUAUCGCGCGGACGGAUCGCGCCCUUCUUCGCCAACGCCGUGGAUUGACUGUGUCCUUCAAAAAUGGAAAAAUCCUGUUUUUGGUCCGUUCGAACGCCCAAUACCAUCAAUAAGGCCUGCUACCCCAAACCAAUUAGAGCAAGAAAAUACGGGGCUUUCCAGGGUAUUACCUAUCGCUGCAGAUUUCGAAAAUGCGUGUUCCUCAUCAUUCACUGGUCGAUUAACAAAAUCCGGUCUUACAAAUGCACAAAUCGUGGCCCAGGUGGAUAAUAAGUUCAUAUUGCUGAGGAUGAUCGAAUCGCUGGGCGACAAAUCAGGUUUCCAGCGGAUCUUGGUCCUAGUCGACCAACACGCGGCAGACGAACGGAUUCGCGUGGAGCGGCUAUUUGACGAAUUAUGCGGUUCGUCACCUUCUCAUACAGUGGAUACUACUCCCCUCCCAGAGCCGAUCCUGUUCAAAGUAUCGUCUGAGGAGGCACGAUUAUUUGAAUCCCGAACAGAUUAUUUCGCCUCUUGGGGCUGUAGCUACUCCACAUCCAGGGACAAAUCAUUCCCGCACGCAACAGUGGAGGUAACCACUCUUCCGACGCUCAUUUUCGAAAGAUGCAGAGCAGAGCCGAAACUAGCCAUUGAUCUGCUUCGAUCCGAAAUUUGGGCACGCAAGGAUGAUAAAACGACUUCAAAGCCGAAAGUCGCCUCGGCCGCGUCCGCGUCCGCUGAAGAGGUGGGUGGCGGAGAGACUACAUCAGCUCCGCACUGGCCUCACUCCAUCUCCCACUGCCCCCGAGGUAUCAUUGACCUGCUAAACUCCCGCGCGUGCCGCUCGGCCAUAAUGUUCAAUGACAAGCUGAGCAAGAAGGAAUGCAAAGAAUUAAUAUCCACACUGGCGAAAUGCGUGUUUCCGUUCCACUGCGCGCACGGUAGGCCGAGUAUGGUGCCAACCAUGAGUUUGGGAUAUGUGGACGGUGACCAUGCGGGGAGUGAUGGAAAUGACGGUGUAACAUUUGGCGGUUUCGGAUGCGAUCCCAGAAAGGAGGAAGUUGGGUUUGCAAAGGCUUUUGGGGAUUGGGAGAAGGUUUUGACACAGUGACUCGGUUUUUUUUCUUAGAUGAUUUCGUGUGUUUUGUAUUAGUUAGCUUUGGAAUUUGGGCCAUUUGGCUGCUGGUUGUGGUAGCGUGUCGUCCUGUAUGUAUAUUAUACCCAGGAGGAAGCAUAUAAUCAUAUUUCGAGUCCACG